AUGGGCUUCGGACCCAUUCUCCCGACGCGCAGGAAGAGAAAACCGGCCGCCAGCGUGGGGGACCGUGCGGCCGACGGCCUGCAAGACGACCCCGCGCCGAAGAGGCGCAGAUCCGGAGGCGCAGAUGCGAGUUGGGCAGGCGCCUCGGCCGACCAGGAUGAUCGACCCAGAUUUUCGAUCUCCCGGUCAAUCCUGGGGAAGCUGGGAGGAAUCGGCCUGAAUUCGGCAGUCAAGGGAAGCGCUCUGCUAACUCCAGUUGCAUUUAAAGGCGUCCUCACGCCAAUGUCCUUCGCGUCAGCUGUGCCAACGCCACCAAACUUGGAAGUGGCCCCAACCUCCAGUUCUUAUGCAUCUGCUCUGGAUGAGCCAUCCAUGGCGACGCCAGAUCCAUUGGGAGUUUCCACACCUCAGACGCCCCUAACAGGUUUGGUGCAGCUUUUCUGCACUGCGAAGCGGACUCCAGGGGCACCGUACAGGAGAAGACUCGAUCGUGCCAAUGGUGCAAAACAAAGAGCUGAGGAUGGAGAGGCCCCUGCAGUGAAACUGCCUGCUUUUGGAUGCUCAAAUGAAUGGAAUGAAAACCCAAACAGUGCUGUCACUGACGAUCAGACAACAGUGGCAUCACACGAGAGCGAAACAAUUGAUGAGGAAUUGUUCGCAACAUGCCACCAGAUGUCACUGGGCUGCAGUCAAAUGCUUGACCCUGCCUUGAAGGUUGAAGGACAGUGUUUUGAUCUGUGA